AUGGUCAAAAUGCGCAUCCCAAUCCGCGAACAAUUGGGGUGCCUCGUUCUGCUGGCGUCUUUGAUCGGUCUGGCAGUCAUUGCAGUUGCAACAUGGAUCACCAAUCACAGCUUCGUACUCUCUAUACGCGCAACACGCCUCUCUCUGACUGCAUCGCUGAAAUCAGCUCAAGUAGCCUCGAACCUGCUACUUAUGCAAUCAACUGUGAAAGGGACAUCCACGCGAGUGCUCAUACAGAGCGCUUUGCAGCGCUACAACGGAGGGAACAACACAUCGAAGAAUUGGGAACGCUCGCUCCAAGAUCUCCAAGCAGUCUUUCAAGGAGACCAGACCGCGACUUUCCUCGUUCAAGCACAGGUUUACGCCGCCAAUAAUUCUGAUUAUUCUGUCUUGAACUCGACGGCUCCCGCUUUUGCCAAUAUACCUUUACCCUAUCUCAAGCCUGAUGGACAGAAUGCCACACUCGGAGAAGACUUUAUCCCGGAGCUGUACCCACACUUCAGUCCUAUCGAAAUCCCCUAUAACAGCUCUUUCAAUCAGACAAUAGCCAUUUUCAAUGGCCGAAUAAUCGACGGGAACAACUACCUUUUCUCCGGUCCAUACCGAGUGAAUAGCACCCUCAGCCUGAUGUCAAUCACAAUGCCAAUUAUAAACAACACAUCGUCUAUUGACACCCUAGGUUGGCUGACCGCUAUGUUGGAUGCGAAGCUGGUCACUGAUAUUGUAGAUGCUUUGGAGGGCCUCGACGAUACUGGCAUGACAAUGAUAUUUGCGCCAAACAAUUCGACGAACAAAUUUCCUUCCGGAACGAUAGGUGGCGCGGAUAACCAGACCGUGCCCCAGACUGAAUUCGUGCGCUUUCUUAUUGCACCAACGAAUAGAAAUGCCGUAAAGAGCAGACACUCUGACUUUAAUAAUAUCACCAGUCCCCUUCCUUUCGACUGGAACAAGUUCCCUGCAAUCAAAAAGGGCUAUACACAAAUCACCGAUGCCAGUAAUAAUGCUGGUAGUAUUAUCUCCACGAAAAACGAAGCGGGCCACAACGUGGCCGUUGGAUAUGCGCUCAUCAGUAAUCCUUUCGUUGACUGGAUUUUAGUAGUCGAACAGUCACAUUCCGAGGUUUGGGCCCCUAUAUACCACCUUCGCAGUAUCAUCGUAGCCUGUGUGUUUGGUACCAUGGGCGGAAUACUAGUCCUUGCCUUUCCGGUUGCCCAUUUCUUGAGCAGGCCAAUUCGUCGAUUACGAGAUGCGACAGAAAAGUCAGUUGCACCCCCUGGGUUUGAGGACGAUAGCCUGCACUCCCAGCAUGAUGGCGCUGACGAUGAUCAUGCUGAGGAACUUGCACGCAAAGAAGGAUGGUUUGGUCAAGUGAAGAAGUUUGGCCGACGUCCUAAGAAAACAAGAGUGGAGAGAAGAGAGGAAGAAAGGCGACGGCAAUUCCGAAUACCUGGCAAAGUCAAAGACCGCAAGCACUUUAUACACGAUGAACUGACAGAUCUUACAAAAACGUUCAAUGAGAUGACGGACGAGCUCAUGAUGCAGUACGAGAAGUUGGAAGAGAGAGUCCAACAAAGGACUGCUGAGUUAGAGCAGAGCAAGAAGGCUGCCGAAGCUGCUAACGAGAGUAAAACCCUAUUCAUUGCAAAUAUUUCACACGAGCUCAAGACGCCUCUUAACGGUAUUCUUGGCAUGACUGCUGUGUGCAUGUCCGAGGACGAUCCUGUUAAGAUUAAGCGCUCGCUUGGAAUCAUCUACAAGAGUGGAGACCUUCUUCUUAAUUUACUGACUGACCUCCUGACUUUCAGCAAGAAUCAAGUUGGCCAACAACUUAGUCUAGACGAGAAAGAAUUCCGACUACGCGAUAUCAGCUCUCAAGUACUCGCGAUUUUUGAGCGACAAGCAAAAGACGGUGGUAUAGACCUCAAAGUGAAAUUUGAGGGCCCGUACGACGCUAACGUCGAGGAAAGCGGCCGGCCAAAUGAGCGCAGCGACUUGGCACCAUUCGGGCUUGGACGUCUAAAGGACAUGAUAUUGUAUGGCGAUCAGCACAGAAUCCUCCAAGUCGUCAUCAACCUGGUCUCGAACAGUCUGAAGUUUACGCCCAAAGGACGCUCUGUUCUCAUCACAAUACGGUGCCUCGGGGAAGCUUCCAUGACAGACAGCCGCAAGGGAUCGCUGAAGUCAAGGCAGAGUUCAACCCGAAACUCGAAGACUCGUGGCCGCGCAUCUAGCUCUGAGGUCGGGGCAGUCUCGGUAAUGACCCCAAACCAGUUCGACACUGCUAAUGCCAUCAAUGCCUUCGACAAAGCAGCCGCAUACUCCCAUGUUUUCGCCCAAGAGAGGACCUCGACCCCACCCCCUGGACGAUGGCUUUCCUUUGAGUUUGAAGUGGAAGAUACCGGACCGGGUAUUCCUGACAACUUGCACGACAAGAUCUUCGAGCCCUUCGUCCAGGGUGAUUUGGGCUUAAGCAAGAAGUACGGUGGUACUGGCUUAGGCCUGAGCAUCUGCUCUCAGCUUGCCGGGCUGAUGAAAGGCACAAUGCGGAUGAGGAGUGAGGUUGGCCAUGGAAGCGUGUUCACUAUGGACAUUCCUCUCAGGCAUAUCACUAGUCGACCCGACAGCACCGCAAGCUCAAGCAACAUCAACCCCGGGCCUGAGGAAGGCGCAGGCAGGCAUAGCUUAUCCACGGACGAACCACGCCAUCGUCAGACGAUGAAUGAUGAUGCUCUUUCUGGGAGAUCCAUUCAAUCUGCCACUAGCAAUGCCGUUGGCGUAACUACGUCUACGGGACCUGUUGCGUUUGACACUGAUGCAAAGCCCCGCCUGGUGGGGCUAAGCCAGCCAUUCUUUGCGUCCAAUCCACCGUUGGAAUCCCCCAAUUCACAAUCCGCUGCGAUGGAGCGUGUCACUGCGGAAGCGACACAGCGAGGAGAUAAAGUCAAGGUACUUGUCGCUGAAGAUAAUAAAACAAAUCAGGAAGUAGUUCUGCGCAUGCUCAAGCUUGAGGAUGUGUACGAUGUCACUGUCGCGAAAGAUGGCCAGGAGGCGUUGGAUAAGGUGAAAGAAAGCAUGGAACGCCAGACUCCGUACAAUCUAAUCUUCAUGGACGUUCAGAUGCCAAACCUCGACGGUCUCCAAUCCACACGACUUAUACGCCAAUCGGGCUUCUCGGCACCAAUCGUGGCUCUCACUGCUUACUCUGAAGAGAGUAAUAUCCGAGAGUGUUACGAUUGCGGUAUGAACUUCUUUCUGUCAAAGCCGAUCAGACGUCCGGCACUAAAACAUGUGCUUCGAACGUACUGUCCUCCGAUCCCAGAGGAAGAAGGAGAAGCGACGACGCCGCCUCCUAUAGCCGAGGCAUCGUCUUCCAAACCGAACGGGCGUGCGAAACAACCACAAACGAGCAUACCAGGCCCAGUAAAUAGUACUAUAGUACCUAGAACCCGCGAUGAUCUAGGAACACCUAACAUAUCUCCCUUGUCAUGA